AUGGCCUGUCCAAGAGUGAAGGAAGUCAAAGACAAAGAGGUAAUGAGUAGUAAAGGGACAGAAAGAAAGAAAAGGGAUAGAGAAGUAGAGUCGCCGAAAGAGAACGAGCAGGUCUUCCAAAGAAACAAAAUAACAGUAAGAUCACCUCUGCAAUCGAGAGAGAAGGAAAAUCAAGGAGAUAUAGAGAUGGAGGAGGUCAAGAAGAUGAUCAGCGAACUUGCGACACAAAUCAGAGAUGAUAUGAGAGAAAAGGAAUUAAAGCAAGCAAGAGAUCAACUACAGGAGCAAAAUCAAGAAAUUAGAGAUAAGCAUAAAGAAUGGAAGAGAGCUAAGGAAGAAAUAGGAAAGAGAGUGGGUGAAGUAGAAAGUCAACUAGAUCGAAUGGAGAGAGAAAAGAGAAGAAAUAAAGUAGUGAUGAUGGGAUUGGAAAUAGAAACAGGAGAGCAGAAGCAGAUAAUUGGAAAGGUGACAAAAUUUUUAGAAGAGAAAGUCAAAGUAGAGUGUAAAGUUAGAAACGCGUACAAAAUUGCAGAGAAAGUUUAUGUAGUGGAAUUCGAAAACAGAGAAGAAAAAAUAAAUAGAAGGAAGAAAACGAGGAAAAAGGAAAGCAAACAAGGCAAAGGGAAAGGAAAAGGAAUAAAGGAUGCAGAUAGAGAAAUCGGAAAAAGGGAAGCUGGUACAAAAUUAGGAGAAAAAGGGGUGAAGGGAAUUCAAAGAUACAGAAGUAGACUAGAAAAAAAGAAAUUCGAAGUAAAAGAAGAUAUAGAAGCUAUGAUGGUGGAACUGAGCAACCUAAUUGUAGAAGCUACGGAAAAAAAGAAAGAUAUACAUAUGGCAAGGGAGGAAUAUUGGAUGGAACGGAGACGUAGUGAGUUGAAGGGAAACGCAAGGGAAAAAUUAAGAAAAUGGAAGAAUAACAAGGGAAGGAAAGAAGAAGAGGGAGAAACAAUAGAGCAUAUGCUGGAAGGAUGUGGAGGAUUGAGACAAUCGGAGGAAAGUAGGGAAGAAGUGCUAAACGAGGAUGGAAGAGGACUGGACUGGAUGAAAGAAGAUUUGCAAAACAAAGAUAAAUGUUUAUACACCGAUACCGAUAGUAAGCUAAUAUUUUGUGGAAGCGGCACAACUGCAUGA